CGGCGGUUCUAUUCCCAUUCAUUUAGUCAUUUUGACAAUCAAACUUCUUGGUCUUUGUUCUCUCUUUAGCAAAAGCCCUCCAUGGACACAACAAGGGUGGACACUUCUCUUGAUCUCAGGAUCAAUUCUUUCCAGAAUUUCAGCAGCAAUGGCAUGGACUUGCGAACAGAUAGAGGCGGAGUUGCAGAAAAAUCGCGAGAAGUCGGAACACUCCAUCGAGAUAUUGGUGUAUCCGCUGAAGAGUUCACCAGGAUGAGCUCCGAGAACAAGAAGUUGACAGAAACACUAAAUGUUGUCUUGCACGGUUACAACGCCUUGCAAAGCCGGCUGAUCAGUUUGGCGAAGGAAAUUUCCGCGAACGAAGUCGUGGAAUCGAGGAAGAGAAAGUUUGAGGACUAUAUUGACCUGGAAUUGUGGAGGAGGCCGACCGAGAGUGCGAAAUCGAGAACCUCUGUAGCAUAUUUCCAAGUCGACGCAGCCGAUACUAGCCUCGUAGUGAAGGAUGGAUACCAAUGGAGAAAGUAUGGCCAGAAAGUCACCAGGGACAAUCCCUCCCCAAGGGCUUACUUCAAGUGCUCUUUCGCUCCUAGUUGCCCUGUUAAAAAGAAGGUGCAAAGGAGCGUCGAUGAUCCAUCUCUCUUGGUUGCUACCUAUGAAGGCGAUCACAACCAUCGAAGCCCUUCUUCAGGGGCGAAACCCGCCCCUGCUUCGCCUCCGAUCUCCCCAUCGUCUGUGAAGCCAUCCAACCACACCGCCCUUCUCGAUUUGGUCCGACGCGGGUUUUCUAACCCGGUGAAGAAACCUAAGCAAGAAACUGAAUUAGGGAUGAUGCCCCCGCAGUUCCUGGUCCAGGAAAUGGUGUCGUCGUUGACAAGAGAUCCCAACUUCACAGCUUCGCUCGCCGAAGCUAUGUCGGGGGCGAUGCUCGAACGGUCUCGCACGCCGAGUUGGUGAAUGCCGGGAGCGGGAUAGAGUGUCUCGAGAUGUGUUUAUUCCGGUUGCUUGUUUGAUCAUAAGAGUGGAGAAUUCGAUUGCGAAUUUGCAAAAUCAAAGCAUAGUCAAAAGCGAUGAAGAGAACAGGUUUAUAGACUUUUUCCCUACCGUGACUAGAUUCUAUGUAUGUUUGGACCAAGUACAUGCUCUUGGCGCAUGAACCCCUUCCAGGUUUAGUACGUCUGGAACUCUAAAAUAAGAACAUGUAAUUUAUAGAACAUUAUGUAUGCGAUGUGCAGUGUGAAAAAAUAACAGCAAAUUCGUGAUUUAUAU